UGGUUCCUCCUGCUGCACAGCUGGAAUCCCACAGCCACAGCUCACUGUGGAGUGUCCUCACGCCUGUCUCCAGCAUCCUCCAGACUAAACAAACCCGUUUCCUUCCAGCUGUCCUUGCAGGUCAUGUUUUUCCUACACCUCUGCUCAUUUUCUCCAGCUCCUCCCAGGACUGGACAGUGUUCACCCAACAUCCAGGAGAACUAUUUCCCAUGUCUGGCACUCAGCACUCCUGUUUACACAUUCCAUAGGGUGUUUUGCUUUUUGUUGUUGUAACAAUCUGACUCUUUUUGACUCAUUUAUGUUUCACCCCAACCCCCAGUUUUCCUUCUGAGAGCCCUUGGGAAUUGCAGCAGGUUUAGGACAGAGCUGCUCCCUCUGCCAAGGCUGAAGCACUGAACUCUGGCUCCCAGUCCUGUUCCCAAACUAAACUCUAGGCUUUUCUCUGGAGUAUCCAGAAGCUGGUGAGCUGGGAGGUGGGCAACAAGGGAGUGAGCAUCCCACAGACCUGCAGCCUCAUUCCUGGAAACAAAAUCCUUCUCCAGGUAUGACCCCCUGAAAGAGUGAGGUGAGGAUCUGCAGCAACAGCUGCCUGUGUGCGUGGAAGAGGUUUGGGAGUUCCUUGGAGCAUUCCAAGAGCUGUGGAGUGGAGGCUGGCUGUGAGUCCCAGCCCUGGGCAGGAGCGGGGAUGGUGCCAGCUCCUGAGACAAGGCAGGCCCAGCACUCCAUGAGGGAGCUGGGAACAGCUGGCAGUGAGGAGAGUGAGAUGUUGGAUCUGGCUCGGGCUCGCCUCUGGAGAGCUGGAGGGAAAAGCAACACGGCUUCCAGCUGUGGGAAGCAAUAGCAAAGCCAUGAGGCCAGACAUCAGGAAACAGCCUUCACUGUGGGGUGCUGUAGCCAAGGAGGAUGAAAUGGAUCAUCUCAUCAAACUGCUCUUCCAUGGGACACGAAGAUGAUUUUACAUAAGAAUUUCCCUGAUCUUGGUGUGAAGACAUUCAGCUUUACAGUGGGUUUAGUUUGUGCUGUUUUCUGUAAUCCCUGGAUACCAGUGAGCCAGAGCUCUCCUGCUGCCACUGGCACUGUGUCAGUCCAGAAAGCCACUUGAUACCUUCAGUGUCUCAGGGGCACCACUCCAAGGACUUGCUCUGAGAAGGUGACACUCUCUUGCUUCCUCUCCUUCCUGGCAUUGUCCAGAAAACCAUCUUUAUGCUCCUCCUACAUGGCAGUUGUUCUUUCCAGGUAGGGGAAGGGCCGACUCCUCCACAGCUCUUCCUCCUGAAACAUCCUCCCAAGGCACUUUUCAUUAUUAUCUCUCCCUUUUUACGUUCCUCCAGAAGAAUCUCAUUCCUUCCCUGGGGGGCAAAUUCUUUUCUGUUCCUCUUUUUUUCCCCCCUUUGUAAGUCUUAAAUCUGAAGGCAAAACACGUGAACCAGAGUAGACCAGCAAGGAGACCUCCCAAGCUGUGCAGAACCCUGUUAAUUUAGUUAAAUUAAUUAGGAGAUCUGUCGAUACAGAACCUUUCCUCUGCAAAUACUCUGUUCUCUUCCAUCCAUAAACAUGCAGGAAGCUUCCUGUGCUGUGUUUCCAUGACUAACACUGUGAUUUGAAAGUGCUUAAAAGUAUUGAUUUGAGUUUUGUCAGGGAUUGAACCUCAACACCUCGGCUCCAGGAAAACAUCUCAAAUCACAAGAAGCUUCUGUCACAGACAAGCUUCCCACACAUAAUUCCCAAAUCUUAACCACUCCCGGAGUCAGCGACGUCAGCUCUAAGAAUGGCAAUAACGAGUGGCAGAGGAGGGAACUGACUUGGGAUUUUUAUAGCAAACAGCAGAUUUUGGGUUUGCUUGACAACCAGCCGGUGCUCAGCCCCACUGAGCAGUUUGGAUCCGGGCUCUGAACUCAGUGUUUCUGUUCCAGGGGCUCCCGUCAGCCACGAGAGUCAGGAUGAACGUGGGAACGGCGCACAGCGAGGUGAACCCCAACACGCGGGUCAUGAACAGCCGCGGCAUCUGGCUGUCCUACGUGCUGGGCAUCGGGCUGCUGCACGUCGUGCUCCUGAGCAUCCCCUUCUUCAGCGUCCCCGUGGUCUGGACUCUCACCAACAUCAUCCACAACCUGAGCAUGUACAUCUUCCUGCACACCGUGAAGGGAACCCCCUUCGAGACCCCGGACCAGGGCAAGGCCCGGCUGCUCACGCACUGGGAGCAGAUGGAUUAUGGAGUCCAGUUCACCGCGUCCCGCAAGUUCCUCACCAUCAUGCCCAUCGUCCUGUAUUUUCUAACCAGCUUUUACACCAAGUACGACCGGAUACACUUCAUCAUCAACACCAUCUCCCUGAUGAGCGUCCUGAUCCCCAAACUGCCUCAGUUCCACGGAGUCCGGAUCUUUGGGAUCAACAAGUACUGAGUGGCGUGGCCGGAGCGGAUGGCGGAGGAGCGGGGCCAAGGGGGGAUCCCUUCUCUCCAGCCCCGUUUCCUCCCCCACGCAGACUGGGAUGUGGUUUCGCAGCGGCUGUUUAAAUGCAGAUCCCAACAGAUACAUUCCGCAUGCUGGAUCCUCGUGCCCAAUGAAUCCAAACCAACUCCAGAGUAGAGUUUAGUGCGGAGCAGGACACGCGACACCGGAUUUCUCUUGUCCCAGGGUGAUCAAUAGAUGGAAAACCACUGAGACUUUGAGGUACAACAAGGAUGAAUUCUGGGAAGAGUCUCAUCUGUUCCAGACAUGGAAUGACGAGGAUAGGGAUGAGGGGAAAAGCUUUUAGUGCUGGUACUAUUGCUGUGGUAAAUGCACUUUAAAAUAUGUUUUCCCUUCCUGAAGCUGGGUGCUUUGAGCAGAACGUGAGGGAAAUCCAAAGGGAUACAGCCAGACUUUCCCAGGACUGGAUUGUUUUAGGGUCUGAUUUCCAGUUUUAGGUGGGAAGUGGGAGGGGGAAGUGAAUGACAGAUUUUUAUUUUGCAAUUGUUGACACCACUGAGAAGGGAAGUGUUUUUCCUAAAAACAGCACAGGAAGGAAUGACCUGCAGUUUGACAAAGCUUUUGGUUUCCUACAGCCUAAAUCAUGCUUGUUAUUUUCAGUUUAUACCCAAAUCUACCCAGGUAACUCCUCUCCCCACCCCAAACUGCUGUUUUUAAGUUCACAAGGGCUCAGUGGGCAUUUGGAUCAAGGGCUAGGGGCAGGUGAUUUAAUGACUGAUAAAAAUGGAGCUCCUUAGAACAUGGACAUGGACAGAUGUGGGAAAGGCUGACAAUGGGCAGGUACAGGAGGAGGGCUGAUUGCUCUAAUCAAGCAUGCAGCUAUCCUUGACUUGGAAUUUUUCUCCUCACUUCAGCUCCUUGGUUAGUUUAAGUGCAUGUGACUGGGAUUUGCCAGUUCUCCAUGGACUCAAGGGUUGGAUUUCUGGCUUACCUGGAAAUCUGUCCCUCAGCUCCAUGCCCAAGGGCUGUGUGAGCAGCAGCACCAGCAGCAGAUGAAUUGACCAGCAGAAGGAGUCAAUUAGUCACAGAUAAUAGAUCUUUUCACAGAGGAACAAAAUCAAGCCUUUUUCCUCUAAAAUUAAUACCUAAAUAAAGCAGGCUUAGGUUUUCUGGCUGAGACAGAUUUUACUGUUUUACUGAAAAUCAGAAUGACCUGAUUUUCCUUUGGGUUGUGUCCCAGAUGAAAUGGGUUUUCCUUCACUCUUCCCCUGUAACCCCAUGAAAACCUGUAUUUUUGUUGUCUUAGUGCUUAUAUUAUCUCACCUUUUUUGACAAUGGUAUAAAUCUUUUAAAUCUUUUAAAUUUUUAAAUUUUUUUUUUGUCCCUGCAGUAGCAAAUCCAGCUUUAGAGGCCGUGGUGGAGAGUGUUGAGGUUUUGGAUGGUCUGAGCAUGGACAUGAAAGGGGGAAAUUCAGAUCUGUUACUACUCCAUGCAUAAUUUUAGACAAGUUGCUUCACUUCUCUCUCAGACUUCCUAUGGGACUGCUACAGGGAAGGGAAAAUAUGGAGUGUACCUCAGAGGGCUGCUGGAAUGCAGGAAGAAUCAUUCCCUAAUGUGUUUGAAAAUUGGAAAUCCAAAUGAAAAGGAAGUUUUCAAGCAGGUAGAAGAAGAAGAGAGUCUGGCUGGAGACACCAGGGUAUUGAGAGAUGUGCAAUUUCCUUGACGGGCAGUUUAAACCUUCAAACCUAGGAUAGAAGAGCUGCUGCUUUAGCUGAGGUACUCUCUACCCUAAUCGGCUCUUUAAGCUACUAGACAAUGAUAAUUGUGAUAAAAAUAGAGAUAUUUCAUCAAUCAGCUGAGAAAUGACACGGACAUAAGCAGUAUUCUUGUGGGAGAGGCUGCUCCAAGGAGGGGCAGGUCCUGGCAGGGCAGCUGAGGCUGGACCUGAAAUGCUGACUGUGAUGCUGAACAGACCUGAGUGUCUGCCCAGACACCACUUCCAUCUCAAGGGGAAACAAAAGAAAAUUAAUUAUUGUCAUAGAAAACAUGGGGAAAAACGUCUUUUUUUGCAACAGAAACGGCCUCUAGAUGCUUUCAAACAUGACUCCUCACAGACAGACAUAUGCUGGAUAUUUCUAAGCAUAUGCACAUCACAGAUCUGUAAAUUUAGAAUAAUUAUCAAUUGAAAGGAUUGACUUUUUUUAUGAGAUACAGCAAUUCCCAGAGUCUCCUUGAAGGCAUUAACACAGCUGUGGGUUUGAAUAUUUGUGUGCUCACUGACACUAUGGACAUCUGACCCUGUUUGCUUAAAUUAAAGAUCAACUGGGAUGCAGAAUGGGAUUACAAACUUCACAAAUAAGCAGGUUCUAAAGCCUAAAGCCCCAAACUUGUAAAUAAGACUCUGCCUAGCAACAAAAGUAAACAACAUUUGAUUUCUCUCCUUCACACAAAUGAUCAAAACAGGCAAUGCCAGUCAUGUGACACUCAUUACAACACAGGUGUGGCAUUUUUCCAUGGAAUAACCGAGAUUAACCUGGGCUCAAUUAAUCCAAUCAAGGGAAACAUAAAUGGAAAUAGAAGAAAUAUGAAAAGAAGUGAGAUUUCAUGUUCUGUUGUGGUGAGUUAAGCAUCUAUAUAUGAUUAAUAAGUAUUUGAACAAUUACACAUCAGGUAGCAUCUUCCUUAAGAUCCCAACUUAAGGAUAGGUGUCAGGAUCAAUCAAAAAUAAAAAGCAGGAAGUUAAUUGUAAUUAAACCACCAUUCUUUUGUGUACCUGAGGCAGUCUGAAGUGAAAGGACAGCAUGAGCAGGCUGAGGGUUGGUCAGACAUGUCCUGGCAGGGGAUGGAUCGGGGUGAAGCCACAUUGUGGGAGGAGAAACAAAGCGUGAGCAGAACUCCCCAGGUGCCUGCAUGGAGGAGAUAACUGAUUGUUACUGAUUUUAAAUGGGAUUCUGAUUGUUACUGAUUUUAAUGGGAUUCUGAUCACAUCACACUUGACAGAUUUCCUCUACACUUGCCCUGUAUCAUGUUCAGGACAAGUUUCUACCUGGAGAGAUCAUAUCUCCUGUGAUGGAGAAACAAUCUGUGGCAAGAAGGUAUUUGAAGCUUUUCUGUUUUGUUCUGCAAUGAAAGAGAAAAGCUUUUGAAAGGCUGGAAUCCUUCUCAGGAACUGGCAGCAGCUUGUCCCAUCCUGUACUUAGCAAAGCCUCCUCAGCCACUGUCAGCACCACGCACGUUUCCAUGGGGUACAGCAGCCCCUGCUCCAGGACACUCAGAAAACCAGCAAGUCCUCCCAGCCUGAUGCUCCUGAAUCAGGGAUCCUGACCUGGGAGUCCUUUCAGAGCUACCAGGCUGGCAAAUAGUCCAAACUUUUGUAGGAAAAAGCCUCUAGAAUAAACUAAAUGGAGGGCUACUUAUUCUCGAGUACUUUUAUGUUUGAAUUACUGUUCAGUUUUGGGUUGUUUUUAGCUCGGUACUGGCCCUCAAGGAGGGGACAGCAGUGGGUUAACACAUUAAUAUUUCUCCUUGUGACUUAUGUUGCUUUAUCAUUGCCUAGAAUAUCUUUAAGCAUGCGAGUGUUGGUGUGUCCAUACCCUCCUUGGAUCAGUUAAAUCAGCUGAAUUAGUUGGGAGGGUUUUUUAAAGGAAUGUUCUGUACAAAGUUUUAGGGUUUUUUUUCCCAUAGCCUUCUUUUUGCUGUGGAUACAGAAGUCUCAUGUAGAGAACUUUCUAAAAUAAAGUGUGAAUAUUUUUAUUACUCCUUUGUACAGUAUUCUAAGAGAGACUAAUAAAAGUGAAGUAUUCAGGUAAAAA